UGAUGCAUUGCAGCAACAUGGCUACAGUAAAGCUGUAUGCUGUGGGUCGGUCAGCUAUUGCUGCAAGGCAGCUUCUUGACCAGAUUGUUAGGCCAGCAGUAUGUGCCACUCAGAAGAGGACAGCAUACAAGGUGGUCACAAGAAGACAUUUUGAAACUUUGAAAGACCAGACAACAAAUGUGGCAAGAAGAUUGUUUUUCACAGAACUCAUGAGAGGUCUUCUUAUUGGUGUCAGCUGGAUCUUUAGGGAGCCAGCUACUCUUAAUUACCCAUUUGAGAAGGGUCCUCUCAGCCCCAGGUUUCGAGGAGAACAUGCACUAAGAAGGUACCCCUCGGGUGAAGAGAGGUGCAUUGCUUGUAAACUAUGUGAAGCUAUCUGUCCAGCACAGGCUAUAACCAUUGAAGCAGAGGAGAGAGAGGAUGGAAGCAGGAGAACUACUCGUUAUGACAUAGACAUGACAAAAUGUAUCUAUUGUGGAUUUUGUCAAGAAGCCUGCCCAGUUGAUGCCAUUGUAGAGGGGCCUAACUUUGAGUACUCAACAGAAACUCACGAAGAAUUGCUGUACAACAAGGAAAAACUUCUAAGCAAUGGAGAUAGAUGGGAGGCACAAAUAGCAGCCAACCUUCAAUCAGACCAUCUGUAUAGAUAAACCAGUGGCUUGAAUAGAUACAUAUACUAGCAAACAUUUGUUAAAAAAUUAGUAUAUGGUUGCUGCAGUACAGUGUUUUUUUUCUUAAACUCUGUGAGGUAUUUCAAUAGGAAAAAUGACCAGCACUCCCUAACUGAACAAUAUAUAUAUUUAUAACUGCCAUUGUAGGCUACACUUCUGGAUUUUUGUUCAGCAGCACUCGGUACUUUUGUAUCAACUAUGUUGUUCCUCUGGGAGUUUUAGGCCAAUGCUAUGUUGUAUGCAGGCUUUCUUUGAAAUAAAUACAUUGCACAAUCUUUCAUUUAA